AUGCGGCAGAGUCUUGUUGCUGCAGCCGCCCAUAGGCAGCUUCCGUUUCGAUUCCAACGGCCGACUGGCAUUGUAGAGAUCGACAAAGGACUCCAGAAGUUUUUGGGCGAUAUGGAGAAUGUACUAAUGAAAAAGUUCGACGAUACGCGAACAGAUCGAAUGCACUUAACAGAAGAGGAUUAUGGCUUUCUCAGUACCAAAGCAAGUUAUGAUUUUUCCCUAGAAAGUGGUAUCGACAAAUUUACAGGACUACUAUCUAACAGAAUCUCAAAAUCUGGGGAAGAAGCUAGUCUUAGUCAGAGUAAAUUUCCCAGUGACAAUCACGAGCCACAUCAUCCAAAAUUCCCACCACUCUUUGCCAAUUUGACCAUAGAAGACCUCAAGCAAUUAUUUGACAUUCUCAGAAACGGUAGUCUCACAAAAGAGGAACGAGACAACAAACUGAGUGAAUGGGCUAAAGCUCGAGGAUCUGAAUUUGCGGAGAAGUUUGAAGAAAUAAAAAAGAAACUCGAUCAGUUUGCAGCAGAACUUGAAGAAGCAGAAAAUAAGCUUGUCCAAAAUGUUACGACACUGAUGAAAGAACUCAGUGCGAUCAAAAAUAAUAUGCAGCUUACAAUAGACGAGGAAAAGAGCGAAGUCAAGUCACUUCUUUCCAGUUACCCAAGGUCUGUGAUUAAGGUUAUGAAAUUGGUAAAAUCUCAAGCUUUCAAAAAUGUUAUCUUUUCUCGUCCAGCAGUAUCACCACUGCCAUCUGAAGCCACUCCAGCAGCGAAAGAUGAUUAA